AUGGAGCACCGGCGCUGCUGCAUAAUCCGCUGCAGAGACAUAGCUGCUGCUGCUGCUGCUCUGGGGGGCGCCGACAGCAGCAGCAGCAGCAGGGCCCUGCUGCUGCUGCAGCACCGGCGCCGCAGGCAGACCCAGCAAAUGCCCUCCCGGUACAACAGCAGCAGGAGCAACAGCAGCACCUGCAGCAGCAGCAGCGAUGAGGCCUGGCAGCCGCCUCCCUGCGGCAGCCGCAGCAGCAGCCGCAGCAGCAGCAGCAGCAGCAGCAGCCGCAGCAGCAGCCGCAGCAGCAGCAGCGGUGAGGGUGCGGACGAGGGCGGUCUAAUGAAGGGCAUAGCGGUGUGCGUGUCCGAGGCCCUCGGCGACAGCAACAGCAGCAGCAGCGCCAGCAGCAGCAGCAGCAGCAGCAGCAGCAGCAGCAGCACUCGCGUGUCUCUUCAAGACUACCUGUCAAAUUUCGUGGGGUGUAACUGCGGCUGUGGGGCCCCCGGCUGCGACCCAGACGAGGAGACAGAGAGUGAUGGGGGUGGAGGGGCCCUUGAGGACAGCAGCAGCAGCAGCAGCAGCAGCAGCAGCAGUGGCUGCUGCAGCAGCAGCAGCAGCGGCAGCGGCAGCGAGAGCCCCUGA